AUGGCUGAAAACGAUAGACUGAAGGAGUUUCAAGAAGCUAACAGGAUUGUUUUUGAUCCGACGACCCGGCAGGUCUGGGAAGGCCAGGAGAAGAAGGUGAGUGACGAACAACUGCCGGAAUUCCACGAUGCAGAGGUGAAGACAGCGGGCGAUGAAGAGGGGGAGAAUUCGGCGACAUCGGGCAUAGUACCUACAUUACAGAAUAUUGUCGCUACGGUGAAUCUGGGAUGCCGUCUGGAUCUAAAGACCGUGGCGUUGCAUGCGCGUAACGCAGAAUACAAUCCUAAGCGGUUUGCAGCGGUUAUUAUGCGUAUCAGGGAACCUAAGACUACGGCACUAAUAUUUGCGUCCGGUAAGAUGGUUGUUACCGGUGCGAAAAGUGAGGAUGACUCCAAGUUAGCGAGCCGGAAGUAUGCGAGAAUCAUUCAGAAGAUCGGAUUCGCAGCUAAGUUCACAGAUUUCAAGAUACAGAAUAUAGUCGGAUCGUGUGAUGUGAAGUUCCCGAUACGUUUAGAGGGUCUAGCGUUCAGCCACGGGCCUUUCUCGUCGUACGAGCCAGAACUGUUCCCCGGUUUGAUUUAUAGAAUGGUUAAGCCAAAGAUUGUUCUGUUGGUCUUUGUGUCGGGGAAAGUUGUCCUUACGGGUGCCAAGCAGAGGGAAGAGAUAUACCAGGCUUUUGAAGCCAUAUAUCCGGUGCUGAGUGAAUUUCGGAAGAUGUAG